GACCGCUGUAACUCACACGUCUACUGUAAACCCCUCUCAAAGUUCUUUCAAGUCAACAUGUCCAACGAUAUUACUCAAGCUGCGGCGUACAUCAAAUCGGCGACCCUAGCGCCACUCCAGGUCGGCCUCUACUCAAGGGCUAAAGUCCUUGAGGAAGUUGGAGACCGUGGAAAGUUUUUGGGUGAGCCCGGUCAGGAUGGCGCUGCUGCCGUCGGUGGCACCUUGGUCUCCGUCCUUGCCAACCUCACCGGGCUAAACCGCACGGACGUUGCCAAUUCACUCGAGUUCGCCUCUCGCGUUGCCGCCAAGGAAGUGGGGGCCGAUGACCAUACCGAGGCAUACUGGAAUGCAUUCAAGACGUCUAUUUUCCAAAUCGGAUGGUUCAAGCAGCAGGACCAAUGGUCCUCGGAUUUCAUCGAUGGCACAACAACUGGUGCUGAAAACUUCAGUGACUACGUGAUCGAAAAUGUCAGAAACGACCCACUCUAUUCUGAGGCAGAAAAAUCAGUUGUUAUCCGAGCCAUGGAGUCGCUUCGAAGCCAGGCGGAAAAGCGUGCCUUCUUCAGGAGCUUCACCGCCGGCGGUAGCAAGGGGUCCUUCGGUGUUAACGCGGCGUCGGUUACAAAUGGAGCACUGGCAAUGCGCUUUUCUGCAUUUACAUUCAAUUGCAAUGCCCAGGUGGAUGAUUAUCUGAUCUUCAGCAUCAAGAACAUCAAAGCUGAUGUGCGGAAGGACAACGUGGACGCCGCCGCGAAUCAGAGAACCAUCGACGCGGUCAGGCAGCAAAUCGAAGACAAAUUGGACCAGGCGGCUGGAGAUUAUAUCGACGGGUAUGACCGUGAAGCUUUGAAGUUCGGCUAUGAGUGGCGCGAGCCUAGGCAUCCGGUAGCCGCAUCUGCAAAACUACCCGAGGGACCAAACCUGACCAUUAUAAUGGCAAGUGGUCCAUUACAUGCUGCUUACAAUGGGGGCACGUGA